UUUUCUGAGAGCCCAAACGCAAUUCGUGUUGGGCCUGAAGGGCCCACGAAGUGCUGUGUGUGGCCUUUGGUAGAUACUAAUGGAUACCCUCAGCGAUGAAUGCUUUUUCGCGUACUCCUUCGACGAUCGUCUUCGCCAAUCGCCUGCGUCUCUCUCUGAAUUGACUAGCUUAAAUGGCUGGUCCUAGGAUUGCCCAUGCUACCUUGAAAGGUCCGAGUGUGGUUAAGGAGAUCAUAAUUGGAAUAACACUUGGCUUAGCUGCUGGUGGUGUGUGGAAGAUGCACCACUGGAAUGAACAGAGGAAAACCAGGACCUUCUACGAUUUACUGGAAAAGGGUGAGAUUACUGUUGUUGCAGAGGAACAGUGAAAAUGUUCUUGUUUUGUUGCCUAUGCUCUCCAUUUAUAGGCUUUUUUUUCCCGUGUUAUAUUCAAUUGGCUCUUCAAAUGUAAAUGAGCCAACUUACUAUGAGAUUGAAAAGAAUAAGUUUCUUGAACUGAUUGAAUACUAUGUUGGCCUGUAAAAGUUUCAUGCAGUUAUGUUUUUAUUUUGUGCUUGGCUUA